AUGGCGCCGUUGCUGUUACUGUUUUUGUGUCUCCGGAUAACCUCGGCUAAGUGGAUUUCUUCUGACUAUUUAUAUACAGAACCUGAACAAACCCUGCGCGUCAGCAUUCCCAUCGAGCGUCCAGUCCAGGCCCUAAUGGGAGAUUCAUUCAUUCUGCCCUGCUACUUCCAAGACAACACGGUUCACGACCCAGGCGCCCCCACUAUCGCGCCUCUCUCCCAUCGCAUUAAAUGGAGCCUCGUUACCAAAGACAAGACCACGGACAUCCUGGUGGCCAGCGAGGGCACAGUGGUGGUGAGUACAGAGUACAUGGACAGGGUACAGAUGGUGGAAUACCCUAAUACCCCCACCGACGCCACCAUCAAGAUCAGUGAGCUCCUAUCUAACGAGUCGGGAGUGUACCGCUGUGAGGUCAUGAAUGGAAUCGAGGACAGCGAUGACUCUGUGGAAGUCCAAGUGCAAGGCAUCGUUUUCCACUACCGUGCCAUCACUACCCGCUACACCCUGACGUUUGAGAAGGCGAAGGCGGCAUGUAUUCAGAACAGCGCCGUGAUUGCCACGCCAGAGCAGCUACAGGCUGCGUAUGAUGCAGGAUACCACCAGUGUGACGCAGGCUGGCUUUCCGACAAGACCGUUAGGUAUCCCAUCCAUGAGCCGCGUGAGCCCUGCUAUGGAGAUAAGUUCGAGUUCCCGGGGGUGAGGACGUACGGCGUGAGAGACGUGAACGAGACCUACGAUGUGUACUGCUUUGCAGUAAAGAUGACAGGAAGAGUCUUCUACACCAGGUCCAACCAGAAGUUUACCUUCGCUGAAGCGGGAGCCAGCUGUGCUAAACUGGGGGCCAAGUUAGCCACCACUGGUCAGCUGUACCUGGCCUGGAAGGCUGGUAUGGAUGAAUGCAAUGCGGGCUGGCUGGCAGACGGGAGCGUCCGCUAUCCUAUCAACAUCGCCCGACCGCAGUGUGGAGGAGGUCUGCUGGGAGUGCGCACUGUGUACCGCUACAUCAAUCAGACGGGCUACCCUGUACCAGACACGCGCUACGAUGCUAUCUGCUACACAGAAGAAGAAGGUUCGGCCGUUGACGAAACAGAAACACGUACACCAGAAUCAGACGGUGAGGAUUUCGGUGUGGGCAUGGUGACAGACACACCUUUUGAAAUGACCAAAAAACCCUCCAGUGAAAGUGAGGUAGUGGGUGAGGUCGAGACCCACAAACCCACCACAACUAUAAACGAGGUCACACAGCAGCCCGGCAUCCUUGAUCUGGCGGAAGCGGUGACCGCUCAACCUGACCUCGAAUUCGCUCUGGAAAACGUAACAGAAGCUCUGAUGUCGCCAACCGGCGUCGUGUUCCACUACAGACCAGGCGAUAGCCGGUAUGCUUAUCAUUUUGCUCAGGCUAAGCUGGCGUGCCAGGAAAUGGGUGCAGUGAUCGCCAGCCCUCAGCAGCUCCAGGCCGCCUAUGAAGCAGGAUUUCACCAGUGUGAUGCAGGCUGGCUGCUGGACCAGACCGUCCGGUAUCCCAUCGUAUCCCCACGUGAGAAAUGCUCUGGUGAUUUGGAACUCCUGCCUGGUGUCAGGUCAUACGGUGUACGGCCAGCAGACGAGCGAUAUGACGUGUACUGCUACAUGGAUAAACCGCGAGGGAACUUUUUCCACAAGAGUUCAUUUGAGGGCUUCAGUUAUGAUGAAGCGACGGCUUAUUGCCAGAGCCAGGACGCCUCUUUGGCCUCCACCGCCGAUCUCUACGCAGCCUGGAAGCAAGGUUAUGAUAAGUGUCGCGCUGGCUGGCUCAUCGACCGCAGCGUUCGCUAUCCCAUUAAUUACCCCCGGCCCCAGUGUGGAAAAGGGAAAACUGGAGUCCAUACAGUCUUUAAGUUCCCCAACCAGACUGGAUAUCCUGACGUAGACUCCAAAUUUGAUGCCUUCUGCAUAAACGUUGAUCUGCAGUUUUAUCUCAGUGAAAGUGAACUGAAUGAGACAGUUAUAGAAGAGGAGGUCGUGGUGCAGCAGAGUUCAGAGACGGUCCUUUCUGAACCUGUUAUACCUUCUGUUGCUCCACCCAUGUACGUGGAGCCCACCAGUUUUGGCUCAGAAGAUCUGCCACCAGGGGAAAAUGAAACCUCUGUUAAUGCAUCAGCUAGUGGAAGUGGGGAGCAACAUAGUGGGGCAUCUGGCUUAGGAUCUGGAGAUCUUUCAGGAUCUGGGGCAAGUGGCGACAUCCCAGGAUCUGGGGCAAGUGGCGGCAUCUCAGGAUCUGGGGCAAGUGGCGACAUCCCAGGAUCUGGGGCAAGUGGCGACAUCUCAGGAUCUGGGGCAAAUGGCGACAUCUCAGGAUCUCUGUCAAGUGGCGACAUCCCAGGAUCUGGGGCAAGUGGCGACAUCCCAGGAUCUGGGGCAAGUGGCGACAUCUCAGGAUCUCUGUCAAGUGGCGACAUCCCAGGAUCUGGGGCAAGUGGCGACAUCUCAGGAUCUGGGGCAAGUGGCGACAUCUCAGGAUCUGGGGCAAGUGGCGACAUCCCAGGAUCUGGGGCAAGUGGCGACAGCCCAGGAUCUGGGGCAAGUGGCGACAUCUCAGGAUCUCUGUCAAGUGGCGACAUCCCAGGAUCUGGGGCAAGUGGCGACAUCUCAGGAUCUGGGGCAAGUGGAGGCUUUUUCGGAUCUGGAUUUUGUGAUCACGAACCUGAGAUGUCUGGCUCAGGCCUCAGUGGUGAUGGUUCAGGUAUAAUUGUGACCUUCUCAGGAAGCGAGUCAAUCUUAUCUGGAGAUUCAACCGCUUCUGGGGCACCUCAGGAAGCUGGGGAGGGCAGCGCAGAGAUAUUUACUUUUUCCGGCUCCUUCAGCGGAGAGGGGUCUGGAUCCGGAACCAGCUCAGGUCUUGAUGUAGAAUGGAGCGGAUCUACGUCAGGUUCAUUCAGCGGCUCAGGAAGUGGAAUUGAUGGAAGUGGAGAAUCAUCUGGCAUUUCUUCAGCCUUUGGCUCCAGUGGGGAGUUCUCCGGGUUCAGCGGACUUCCAUCAGGCAUGACGUCUGGGGACCAAAGUGGUUUCUCUGGGAUCAGUGGCAGUGAAAUUGUUAUGGUGGAAGGCCAGUGGGUAGAGCUGUCCACGGCCCCCACUCUCACAGCUCAGGAAAUGGGUGGAGGACAGGUGGAUUUUAGUGGGUCUGGUCUGAGUGGCUCUUUCUCCGGGGGAAGCGGUGACCUAAGUGGUUCUGGGAGUGGCUCAGGAUUCCCCGUGAUCACCUUCUUGGAAUCAGGGUUCACUGACAUUACAAAGGAAUCGAGUGGAGAAGAAGCUUCUGGUGCUGUGGUGCUUGGAUCAGGAGAAAGUAGCAGCGAUCUCUCUGGAACCUCUGGUCUUCCAUCAGGAGACACAUCAGGAGCAUCAGCCAGUGGGGAUGUGAUAUUAUUUACUGAAGAGAACUUAAUGGAGGUUUCUGUCAAACCAACCCAAAGCCACGAACUCAGGAAGGGACCCAUCGAGCACAGCGGGACUGAGAUUAGACUGUCCUCAGGCAGCGGCGACUUCACAACGAUGAAAGAAACUGGAGACCACCAGACCACAGCCUUCCCCAGUGAAGACCCAUCAGUGGUUGAUGAGCCAACAGUCGUACCACCUCUAGUUCCCUCAGGGCUGCUGGGUAACUCUGCUGGACAGCUAGACAUCAUGUCAGAAGCUGCUCAACCCAUCUGGACAUCAGAAUAUACGACUCCUGCUCCUGUGACCGGCUCCUCCACCGACCCUGCAUUCACCUUACAGAUUCCAGCCGUUAUUUCAAUGCCUGCUGUGGAAACUGGUGCUGUGAACCCAUGUGACCCAAACCCCUGUGGCACUGCUGCAUGUUCCGUGCAGGAUGGGAUCGCUGUGUGUCACUGCACCCCCGGGCAGACGGCAGAAGAGUGCCACGUUGAGGUUGAUGUGUGCCAAUCAAACCCUUGUGCCAAUGGAGCCACGUGUGUGGAGGUAAAGGACGGUUUCAAAUGCUUAUGCCUGCCCAGCUAUGGAGGGGAUCGCUGUGAGAUCGAUGUGGAAACCUGUGAGGAGGGCUGGGUUAAGUUUCAGGGCCACUGUUACCUGCACUUCCCUACGAGAGAAACGUGGGAGGACGCCGAGCAGCACUGCCGAAGCCUCAACGCCCACCUGGUCAGCAUCACCAACCGAGAGGAGCAAGCAUUCGUCAACUCCCACGCCCAGGACUACCAGUGGAUCGGACUAAACGAUAAGACCUUCGAGAACGAUUUCCAGUGGUCGGAUGGAACACCCAUGCAAUACGAGAACUGGAGGCCCAAUCAGCCCGAUAACUACUUCAACUCCGGCGAGGACUGUGUGGUGAUGAUCUGGCAUGAAAACGGCCAGUGGAACGAUGUGCCCUGCAACUACCAUCUACCAUUUACCUGCAAAACAGGCCCAGUCACAUGUGACCAGCCUCCGGAAGUGAAAAACACCAGAACGUUUGGGAACAAGAGGGAGCGUUACCUGGUCAACUCUAUAAUCAGAUACCAGUGUACUGACGGAUUUAGACAGCGCCAUCCACCUGUGGUGCGCUGUAUGGGAAACGGACAGUGGGAGAAGCCACAGGUGGAAUGUAAAGCCCACACCAGCAGACGACUACGAAAGCGGUCCAUCAGGUAUCGGUCUGCCCGGAGAACAUCACUGGGAAAGCAGGAGUUAAACAGAGCUAGCUAA